UUCCGGAAACCAUUUUCCGGUUUGUGCAGAAGUUGUAAAUAAUUUAAACAUUUCAUACUUUAUAGGGCAAAAUAACCCAUUAAUCAUGCAGUUUGACAUUCGAAGGUUUGAUAUUUACCGGAAGAUUCCAAAAGAUCUGACUCAGCCCACAUCUACAGGUGCCUUUAUAUCUGUCAGCAGUAUACUCUUCAUCACAUAUUUAUUCCUUGCAGAGCUGAGGGCUUAUAUCCUCCCAGAAGUAGUCAGUGAGUUGUAUGUCAAUAAUCCAAUAGGUCACGAUGAAAGGAUUCCAGUGAGGAUAAGAAUCAGUCUACCAAACAUGCAAUGUCAAUAUCUGGGGCUAGAUAUACAAGAUGACUUAGGUAGACAUGAGGUUGGGUUUGUAGAAAAUACAGAAAAAACUCCACUAGGACGGGAGAAUGAAGGAUGUAUGUUUGAAGCACAUUUUAAAAUAAGCAGGGUACCUGGUAACUUCCACGUAUCAACACAUGCGUCCCAUCAACAGCCAGUAGAUGCAGAUAUGACACACUAUAUCCACGAGGUGGUCUUCGGGGAUGAUGUGUCUCAUGCUAAACUACCGGGAAAUUUCAAUCCAUUGAAAAAUAGAGAUACUGCAAGUGCUCAAAAGGGGGCAUCACAUGACUAUUUCAUGAAAGUAGUUCCAACAGUGUAUGAUGAUAUAGAUGGCAAUUCACAGCUUCCGUAUCAAUACACCUAUGCAUAUAGGUCGUACAUGCAGUAUGGUAGAGCUGGAGCGUCACCUGCUAUAUGGUUCCGCUAUGAAAUCACACCAAUCACAGUAGAGUAUAAGGAGAAAAGAGCGCCAUUUUAUACAUUUUUAACAAAGGUCUGUGCAAUUGUAGGAGGAACAUUCACAGUGGCUGGGAUCAUAGACUCAAUGCUCUUCACUGCUACUGAGCUCUUCAAGAAAGCUGAGCUUGGCAAACUCACUUGAGGGCAGUGUCAUUUAGGGGGUCAUUUAGGAUGGGGAUGCAGUGUAGGGGGAGGGGAAACACAGAAUAGGAGACGCCAAAUAUUGGGAGGUAUAUUAAAUGAUGCUGGCUAGGAAAAUUCAACUCCAUAUUGUAUUUAUUUCAAAAAUGAACUGGCUAGAGAUUGGAGAUGUUUCACAAAUAAAAUAACAAAACGCUAAUUAUUGAACAUAAAACUGAAUGUCAUACAAAAGUUCCUUCUAUGUUGUAAAUGUUGAUCUCUAGACAUUCCUCAUUAUAGAUUUGUUGUGUAAAGUGUUGCAUCAAAGGUAUUCAAAAGAGAAAGUAACUAUUUGGUUACAUUUGUGGCGCUAUUGUAAAUGUUUCAAGAUGCCACCAUUUAUCUAUGUUCCCUGGACAGGUUAUACUUGGAAAGCCGUUUAAAAGGUAAUUUAACAAUAUUGGAAAUGAAUUUAAAGGGCCCCUGAAUUAACCCAGUAGGUACUGAAAAUACACAUGUAGACUAUAAGUUGUAUCACUUGUAAGCUGUCACAUCAGAAAAGGUUCAACCAAAACCUCAACUCACAAUAGUUCAGUACAAAUGUAGUUAUCACGCUGAAAUGUAACGAAUUAAAAAUAUUUUACUUAUUACCAUGAUUCAUGUGCCUUGAAUGUCGGUGCUUAAUGUAAUUAAAACAUAUUCACAUUUAUUAAUAGGAAAUGUGUACAGGGAUGUUUUACAGUGAAUUUAUGUGCACUGAUGUACUGAGGGGUUAAACUUAGCAAUUUAUCAACACUGACACAAAACAUUACUAUUUUUAUGACACAGGGUUUAUACACAGCCUGUAGAUAUAACGAACCAAUGACUAUGAAUGCUGUUGCAUUAUUAUGAAAAGCAUGUUC